UUUGCAGUGAGACUCAGCGCGCCGAGUGUGACGUCACUCUCCCGCGACGAGCCUGCGAAGAUGGCUUCGCUACAGAAGAGGAAGAAGGUGGUGAAUCAAGAGGAUUUGCGGCGCUUAAUGAAGGAGAAGAAGAAGCAGUCUAGCGAGCGUCAGAAGCGCGUCGAUUCUCCGUACGCCAAAUACAGCAGUGAGGGUCAGCUGAGCUGCGCGCUGUGUAACGCGCCGCUGAAGAGCGCGCUGCUCUGGCAGACACACGUGCUGGGAAAACCGCACAGAGAUAAAGUGAGCGAGCUGAAGAGCAGAGACAGCACGAGCACACCUUCCUCCUCCUCCUCCUCCUCCUCCUCCUCCUCCUCCGCGCUGAAGAGGCCCGCGGCGGAGAGCGCGUCUGUGUCCGGGAAGCGCGCGAGGCUUCCGGUCAGCGCAGGUGAGCCGCUGGCGGUCAGAACGAGUGUAAACACAGGAGCUGCAGGAGGUCAGCGGGAGCAGUCUGGGGGUCUGGGGCUCCUCGCCGGACACUAUGAUGAUGAUGAUGAUGAUGAAGGUGGAGGCUCCAGCAGUAAAGCUGAAGACGCUGCUGGUCUCCCGCUGGAUUUCUUCGACUCCUCGGCUCCUCCGGCCGUGUCUCACUCCGGCUCCGUCUCUAAAGCGGACGAGGAGGAGAGCGCAGCGGAGAGGAAGGACAGCGCGGCCGAGCCGCUGCCCGAGGGCUUCUUCGACGACCCGGUGCGUGACGCUAAAGUGAGGAACGUGGACACGCCGCGGGAUCAGAUGGACCGGGAGUGGGAGGAGUUCCAGAAGGAGCUGCGGCAGGUGAGCAGCGCGUCUGAGGCCAUCGUGGCGGAGGAGGACGAGGAGGGCCGGCUGGAGCGGCAGAUCGACGAGAUCGAUGAGCAGAUCCAGUGCUUCCGGCGCGUGGAGGCGCUGCGCUCCAGACAGGAGGAGGUGAGGAGCGUGACGAUGAGAGAGAGACGCCGGACGGAGGAGACGCAGACACACACCAGCGCUGAGGAGGAAGAGGAGGAGGAAGAGCUGGUGCAUGUGCUCACGCAGGACUGGAGAGCCAAAGGAGCUCUCGCCUAACACUGAGCAACAGACGUCCAGCACAGCUUCUCUCGUGUUUGUUUGCUACUGUCAUUUCUGUAGAGAUUUAUUAAAUCAGAAUGCAUUGUGAACUUUCUCUAAAGCACAUCCGGUCUCUCGGUCUGUUUAGUUGGUCUGUAGUUCUGCAGGUGGUUCUUCUCAGAUUCUCACUGUUGUUAUUGUUUAUAGUCCUCCUCUAACGCUCUACGGUAAGCCUUCAGUCCGCUUGAUUUCUGUCGCUCUUAUUCAUGACAGGAAUUCAUGAAGCUCAUGUUGAUAAUAACUGUCUAAUUAGCAGUUCAGAGCUGGACGAGGACAGUUUACAGUCAUUGUUUGUGGUGUGCAAUGAAAGAUGAUAAAACAGAAGAUUUAUGCAUACACAUUUCAUAUAUGCCACUUUUUUAUUCAGUUGACAGCCUGUACACACCUUGCAUUAAGAAUCAGAGGGUGUAACCUUUUGAACAGGAUGAUGUGAUCAUUUUUCAUUUUUGUUUAAAGAUACUUUUCAUACAGUUCUGUCCCUCAAAAGACCAACUUGCAUGUUUCACAAAAGACAAAAAGGCCCAGUGUUUGACUAAAAACAGAUCUAGACUUACAACCCGAAUUCUGGACAUUUUGGGACGUUUUUUAAAAAAACUAAAAGAAUUUCAAAUCACAUGAGCCAAUAUUUUAUUCAUAAUAGAACAUAGAUAACAUAACAAAUGUUUAAACUGAGAAAUUUUAAAAUUUUAUGCACAAAAUGAGCUCAUUUCAAAUGUGAUGGCUGCUACAGGUCUCAGAAUAGUUGGGACGGGGGCAUGUUUACCAUGGUGUAGCAUCUCCUCUUCUGUUCAGAACAGUUUGAAGACGUCUGGGCGUCGAGGUUAUGAGUUUCUGGAGUUCUGGUGUUGGAAUUUGGUCCCAUUCUUGCCUGAUAUAGGUUUCCAGCUGCUGAAGAGUUCGUGGUCAUCUUUGACGUAUUUUUAGUUUAAUGAUGCACCAACCCAGGUGAAAAACAAGUGCACUUCCAUAAUGUACUUAAAGUGCUCUAUUUUUGCACACUAAUUUUGUUCUUAAGUACAAGUGGUGACUGAAUACAUUUUUUAAAUACAAAGAUAGUAUGUUAAAAGUGCAUUUUAGUUCAUAUUCAUGGUGUCUCAAAAUAACACACUUGAGUACACUUAGAUGAUCUUAAGUUUAUCUUAAGAAGUACUAAAUAAUUAUUUUUAGUAUAUUAAGUACAAAAUUAGUGUGCAAAAAUAGAGCACUUUAAGUAUGUUAUGGAAGUGCACUUGUGUUUCACCUGGGGAAUGUUCUCUGUGGAAGCGCCGUGGUGUCCUGUGGGCCAAGGCUCAGUUAAAAUGGACUGCUUCAAAUAAACCAUAUAUUGUCGCAAUCGUGUGUUUAAUGUCUUCACGUUUCCAAAGGGUUCUGCCUUUUAUUCAGAUAACACAGUGACAGCUGGACGCUUUUGUCCAUAUUAGGGAUUUCCUGGUAAGUUGUAAGUUAUUACUUCUAUAUGAGUCCGUCUUGCACUUUCUGCACCGUCCGGCUUCAUGUAUGAGUUUAUAUAUAUAUAUAUAUAUAUAACCUUACUGUUGUCACAUUUCCCUGGUUAAAUAAGCAGUACAUUAAAAAGGCCAAAUACAAUUAUAUUUUAUGUUUUUACACUGUAAUAUUCUGUUUAUCAAAACCAAUAAAUCUCAUCAAGUUA